UGGAUCUCGGCGCGUUUGACUGUUUUUCGUGACGGUCACGCACGUAAAGCAGCGGGGCUGCUGCUGCUGCUGCUACUCGCCAAAAAGACAGUAGUCGACAAAGCGCGAGAGAAAGAGAGUGUACUGUGUAUAUGUAUAGGUGUAUUGCGGCGGGGCCACAGUGCGGGCUGCACUAUAUAACACAUACUCGCGCGUAUAGGUAUAGGAUAGCCGACGAAUCGCUCGCAAGAGAGAAGAGAAAGAAGAGAAGGCAGCUCUAUAGCAUAGCGUUCUCUUCGUGUGUGAGUGUGUCCGUGUGUGCGCGAGAGAGAUCAACAUGGUGACCGAGGAGUUAACGAACUGCCGUCAGUGCUGCAGCUCGCGCCUCGACGGUUGAGGAGGAAUCCCCGCCGCCGACGACGACGACUUGUUACUAUAUAUACUUUAACUGUACUAGGACAACCGAGAGGUGCAAGAGGACGGGAUCUGUUCCGUUUUUGCUGAUUGCCAUCAAGCUGCUGCUGCUGCUGCUGCUGCUGCUGCUGCUGCUGCUGCUCAGCGAUACACGACGACAGUCGUCCUGGGCUGUUGUAGCCACAGCCGCCGAGAGUGGAGUACCUAUGCUGAUGAUGUGAUAUGAACUUGAUCUGAUAGCGCACCGAAAGUAACUCGCGGGGCUGAGAUUCGCGCGACUCCUCGGUACCGCUCGGCACGCAAUCAUGUGCGAUGUGUGCGCCGACUUUCACGAUCUUCUGCUCACCUAUGAUGAGAGCGAAAAUGAGGUAGCGAAUCUUCUUGUUGUUGAUGUUGAUACAAUAUUACAUUAUGUGAAUCAAUGGGUUCAAAGACAAUGUAUGUGCUGUUAUCGCGAUAUAAAAAACUUUGAUCGAUUUAUCAGACUGAUUCAUAACAUUGUCCUUCGCACUCUGCAACAAUUGCAAGAAAUACAACAAGAGCAACAAUAUGCUGAAGGCAAAAAGGAAGGGACAAGCAGCAGCGAUGGAGACGAGACUGAUAAGAAGGAGAAAGAAAAGAAUGUGGAGGAGAAGUCACAGAGUCCGCAAUCGUCGAGACCCAAAUCAAACUGGACUCAUCAAGACAGAGAAAAAUUAUUUCAUCUCUUGUCCAAGAUUUUUUUAUUAAAUUUUCCCCUUUACAUAGCCAUGAAACAUGGUGGAGCUAUCAACCCUUUGGCUCCUGCAAAAGAUGAGGGAGGAUACUGUGAGUCACAUGAUCCAGAGGUGCCGGCACCCUUGAUUCGUGCAGUAUCAGUGUUCUGUCAUCAGGGUGGAUUUAAUUUAAUGUCAGCUUGUUUUGAUAUGGAAAAUACACUGCCCGUUGGUCUUGCGCACUCUAUGGUUGCAGUUAUUUGUAAUUUAAAGCUUUGGUUGAAUUAUGGUAGCGUAAUUCAAUUGUUUAUACCUUUACGUAGUCGAGUUAUGAAGUACAUGUGCCGAUUGACUGACAAAGAGUUGAGAACUCCAGCCGUGAGAACCAUGGCAGAUUUCAUGUGGAGCGCGGUGAAAGAUCCGAUAGAUGCAGUCCUGCCGACUUUCGAUCGCGAUGGUUUGGAUUUGGCUUUCAAGUACUUUACUAGCACAACCCUGACGAUGCGCCUGGCUGGCAUAGCGCAAAUCAACUCGCACAUCACGGCCUUCAAUGAGCUGUGUAACAGCGAGACCGUGGCAGAGAUUGAGCAGGUCGGUCACGCUCUUGCCAUGUGGCUCACCGAGAACAAUAUCAUAGCACAUAUUUUCGGUCCAAACCUGCACGUUGAAGUGAUAAAACAGAGCCACAUUGUGCUGAGCUUUUUGGCGAUGGAAGGUCGCAUCUCUUCCAUGGACAUGGACAUAAUGUGGCAGGCGGCUCAGUUAAAGCACUGCGCUCGCCCUGUCUACGACCUGCUGGCACCGCUGGUCAAGCACCUAGCACCAACACCAGUGCUACAUCUUUAUUCGCUCUUGGGCAAGCUCGAGCCUAAAGAGCAUACGGAGCAAAGUUUGUUUCUCGUGUCGGCCCUGAUCAAGUUCAUCUGGACGUCUAGCAGCGCUGCUUACACUAGUGCUCUCGCUAUCGACAGCAGAGAUCCUUUGAGGCAUUUAACUGUCGAUGAGGGAAGCACGAGCAGUGAACCAAGUGGCAUGGAAGGCAGUAGUCCUGACGAGGAGGAGGAGCCAAGCCCCGCACCCUCGGAGGGCCCGUCGCCCAGAAAGCAGGCAAGAGGCGAUAGCGAAUGCGAAGGUGCGUCGAAAUCCAAGCCAGAGGCAAUGCAAGCAGAGCCGUCAUCUUUCGCCAUGCAAGAGGCGCUUGAACCCAAGGAUCCAACCAACUCGGUAUCCAUGAAAGAUUGUCUGGAAGCUCAAGAUACGGCGAGCAAACACACGAGUAAACCACAAGCAAUGGAUGACAAACCUGCUGGCAGUUGCUCAGAAGAGCACACGAGUGAUGCGGACACCGACGAUAAGUCUUGCGAUGAAAAUUCGAUAGAUCUUGUCUUGAGAAAGAAGAAGAAGGUUUUACGCAAACGUAAGAGACCGCAAAAGCGCUCAUCCACCACAACGACGACGACUACGACCACUACUACCACGACGACUAGCAUCGCGAGCCAAGACGCAAUCAAGGAUGCGGCGACAAAAAAGUUUUGCACUAAUGAAUCUCUCGAGCCAUUUGCGGUCAAUAGUACCUUGACACAGGUUAGUGAGGCGAACAAGAGCACGGAGGGUACAGAUCAUCAAGUGGUUGUCGAUACUUUGGACAGAGUAAAGCAGGAAGCAAUCGCCAUGGACCAUCCUGUGGGUGCUGACCAACAGGUGCCGAAUACAGCCGCUGCAUUGCUCGCUCAGAGAGCAGAGAAAAGUGUCAGUGCUACUAGUAGCGGAAACAGUAAAUACGUAGCAGCGAUGGCGAGGCACGAGGUUGUGGUUCAAUCUGGAUCCAGUUCCCACGACGAGGACGACAGCGAUAUCGUUGGUGUUGCCGGGGGUGAGGGAGCGAGCACUGUCACGUCAGAGCUAGCUUGUCUGGACCACGCGAGCGGUUCGCGUUUCUUACCAACCUGUCUCGACGAGAUGCUCUCCGAUGAGGAAGGGUCCUACAGCAGUCGCAUAUCCAAUAAGAGCGAGAAGAAUAUGGCUGACUUCGACGGCGAAGAAAGCGGCUGCGAGGAGGAGCUUGCCCAGCUUGCGGCUCAGCAUCUUUCUGCAAUUCACAUGCAGGCCUAUCAUCCGCACCACGCACAUUCGACGAUGACGGUGCGUCGCUCGGUCUGCCGUGCGCCCCAAGUACGUACUGUUCGGCAAAGCGUCGCACGUCUCGGUGCUCAGUUCAAUCUCGAGAUGGUCUGCAAGCCUGGCAACACGCUGCUCUGGGAUCUAUUGCAAGACGAUAAAAUCGGACAGUUGGGAGAAGGUUUAGCCGUGGAGGCCGAAAAAGCUUUAUGCAAUUUGCUGUGCUACAACAUCGAUCGCUCGAUACCGAUGAAAUUUAUCGAAGGAUGUCUGGAGAAUCUCGCUUCGAAUAGAUCGGUCGUUGUGUCUCUGAGGAUUCUUCCCAAGCUUCUUGCCAGUUUUCAACAAUUCGGUACCAUGGAUGCUCACACAAUCACUACGUGGGCGGAUCGCGAACGGGGCAUGAUGAAGCAUUUUUUCAACAAUCUCAAGACGUACGCCAGCACGGGACCCAAGAGUCUCUACUCUCAUCAGACGGAGGUACAAGUUCGUUUACAGUUCCUCUCUUCAAUAUUCUCGCCGCUUGGAUCUCCCGACUGCUUCCGCCUGAGCCUCGAACAAGUCGACACACUCUGGCACUGUCUUGCCCAAGAUCCAUCCUGCGCCGACGAGCUCUUCAGCUGGCUGCUAAGCCAAGCCAAGUCAACUGAGCAGCACGCCCUCGGCAUGGACACUUUGAAACAUCUGUGUAUGCGUAAACUUCCCAGUUUACCACCGGAAACGAUAAGCAUGACUGGUCUGAGUCUCUUCCAACAGCUCUGCAAUCUAGCGAGGCUGGCAGCUGUACAUCUGGACCGACCGCUUAGAGACGUGGACUCGGUUGGCAUGGACUUUUUAUGGAAGAUCGCUUUGCGCGCCAAGAGCACCGAGGUGAGCAUGGCCGCGAUCCAGUACCUCAACGGUUACUACAUGUCUCGUCAGCUUACCCAGGAGAUCGAGUUCGUCUCGCAGUGCAUGACGCAUCUCGCAGCCGCUAGUGCUGACCUCGAUAGUAACGAAGAAGCUAGCUUGCGCUGCAUUCAGCGAGCUUUGCUGUUGCUCAGAACGCAUCUCGAAGCUUUCCGAAAGCGAUAUGCCUACCACUUGCGCAGGUGGGCACUGGAAGGUAGAGGCGCAGGCAGCCACAUCGCCGCUAAUACAUCCGAGAGAAGUCAGCAGCUGCGAGUGUUUGUGCAGCCAGCAGGCAUUUCCGACAAAACUACUUUUACGCUUCUAAGCACGGAUUACGUAGCGGAUCUGAGAGCCGAGGUAUCCAAGUGGUGGGAUGACACCCACGCACGUCUCGUCAUGGACGAUAACAAAGCACUUGGUGCAACGGGCAAAUCGGGUAGUAGUUCGGGAUCGGUGCUGGGUUCACUGCUGACCGAUGGGCCGAUCAGGAUGAUUACACAAGGACAGGAGCUUACGAUUGAAUUUGAUGAGAAAACGUUGGCAGAAACGGGAUUCAAGGAUGGACAGCUAGUUUUCAUUUCGUUGGGAGCUGGAAGAUGCAACGGAGGUGGAAGAUCUGGUAAACGUGACAUGGACUCACCGUCGUUGCUGCCGCCACCACCCCGGGAUUCUCUACCCACACUCUUACUGUUGAGACCACAGUAUUUCGAACAGCUAUUUACACUGAUGAGGACGUUAGGUGCUAUGAAGACUGUUUCGAAAGGUGGUCAAGAAAUACCGCACGCGAAAGCACAGGUACUGUCUCGCCGAGUCUGGGAUACACUAACUCUUCUUCCAACAAGCCCCACGCUGUUGCAAGGAUUUCAAAAGCUCGACGAUGCCUCUCUUCCAGAACUGCUGGACCCGUCAAAUCCGCACAAACUCAUGUAUUCCCUUUACAUCGUCGAGUCUCUCUCCAAACGUUCGACCCGUCGCGAUAUGAUGUCUUCGCUGGCACACGAAGGUGGCGGUGAUGCUAGUAGUGGUGAUACCAGCAGCGGUGACUCGGAUGACACACCUACCGAUUGGUCCUCUACUUUUGUGCGUCACGGUGGCUUACGCCACCUCUUCGACAUCUUCAUGUCCGGCUGUCUGGAGAAUAGCGACGGGAGUGAAUGGCAGCAAGACUGUUUGGCUAGUCUGCUGAAACAAUUAUGUCAUCUUGGAGUGGCGAGAGACGGCAAGAGGAGAAACAAAGCUGACAAACUCGCGAUCCCACGAUUAAGCAAAGAGCUCUCGGCUUUGAUGGACUUAAAGACUGUGCUACCUAGGAUAACGAAUAUACUCGAAGAGGCGUCGCAGCCACGAGAUCCCAACCAGUAUAAAACCGGACUUUUUGGUCGCUCGCAGGUCAUACACUACGCCAUGGCUCUGUUGGUGUGUUGGGUGCACAGCGACCCCUCGAUUGGCCAGUCGCUCUUUGCCUCUGACAAGCCUUUUGGUAAAACGUGGCUUCGUAGACUCGUACUAGAGGAUCCCGAGCCCGCUGUACGUCGCGAGGUAUGCACUGCACUCUACAAACUCUGCCUCGGUAGUGUCGAGUCCGAAGAGGAUAUCUUGGCAUCCUGUCUUUUGGAUUCGUCACCUGCCAACCUUAUAGUUCCCCUGCUUAGCGAGCUACUAGAAUAUCUACCGAUCGCCGAAACGAUGCAACCAACACGGCGGAAAAUCGACAUAACGAUGCACCUCCACCAGGCGCUCGAAGAAGGAAAAGAAACGUAUGGCCCAGCCUGCCGCGAUUACUUUUGGCUUAUUUGUCGUCUGAUUGAAUCGUUGCCCGAAGACGCCAUUCAAGAGAGCACGAGCGAAAAAUCGGGUAGCACAGUAGAUCUGCAGGCCCUUGCCACCCGCGCAAUCAAAUCAAUUCUGGCAAGGGAUUAUGUGGAAACGCGUCACAAUACCGUUGAAGAUGAUGGCCUCGUGGGCUUGCUCAAUCUUUGCUGCAACAUUAUGGCGCACAAUCCACCUUGCAAGCAGGGCAAAGUUGGACAGAAUUUGCUCAGUCGAGUAUUCGAUUUCCUUUUUGCUCUGCCAAAUCCCAGUGCCAAACACAUGCCCAAGUGCAAGAGUCAGGCGUCAAGAUCGGCAGCCUUCGAUUUACUCGUGGAGCUCGUGAAAUCGGCGCCGGAGAACUAUAGAAUACUUCACAAAAAAUUACUGACGCAACAUAAACCGGGACGACAUUCUCCCUAUUCGUGGGAUUACUGGCCUCACGACGAUGGACGCUCCGAUUGCGGCUAUGUGGGCCUUACGAAUUUGGGCGCGACUUGCUACAUGGCUAGCUGUAUGCAACAUUUGUACAUGAUGCCCCAAGCUCGAAUUGCUAUUUUGGGUGCUGACUGUAAUCGAGCCAAUAAGCAUCAGUUGACGUUAAGAGAAUUGCAGAGAAUGUUUGCUUAUCUCCUCGAGUCAGAAAGAAAAGCGUACAAUCCAAGGAGCUUUUGCCGUGUCUAUACGAUGAACCACGAACCUCUGAAUACCGGCGAGCAAAAGGAUAUGGCCGAAUUUUUCAUAGAUCUCGUGUCAAAGUUGGAAGAGAUGACGAGCGACCUCAAGACACUCGUCAAGACACUUUUCUGCGGUAUAAUAUCAAACAAUGUCGUCUCCCUUGAUUGUGAACACGUGAGUCGUACGCUCGAAGAAUUUUAUACCGUGCGUUGUCAGGUUGCAGACAUGAGGAAUCUUUAUGAAAGUCUUGACGAAGUCACGGUAAAGGACACCCUAGAAGGCGAUAAUAUGUACACAUGCUCGCAAUGCGGCAAGAAAGUCAGAGCCGAGAAGCGCGCUUGCUUCAAGAAGCUGCCACGCAUUCUCUGCUUUAAUACCAUGCGAUACACUUUCAACAUGGGCACAAUGUUGAAAGAGAAGGUUAACACGCAUUUCAGUUUUCCCUUGCGACUCGACAUGUCGGGCUACAUGGAGAAAAAGUUGAUACCGCGUCACUGCCAGCAGGAAAACGAAAAAUCCGAAAAUAACCAGAGUAAUAAGGACCAAGAUAUGGAAGGCAGUGGUACCAGCGGUGGAAGCCAAGAGAAGCAAGACGAACACUGCCAGUACGAUUUGAUAGGAGUCACGGUACACACGGGCACGGCCGAUGGUGGUCACUACUACAGCUUCAUUCGUGACCGCACGUGUCCAAAUAAGGAUAAAUGGUUCCUCUUCAAUGAUGCUGAAGUCAAGCCGUUCGAUCCCAACCAAAUUGCAGCUGAAUGCUUCGGCGGUGAAAUGACCAGCAAGACCUAUGACUCGGUCACAGACAAAUUCAUGGACUUCAGCUUUGAAAAAUCCAACUCUGCGUACAUGCUAUUUUACGAGUGGUGUCCCGAUCCAAGCGAUUCGCCACUCGUCAAGGAGGACGAGGCUUGUGGGUCCAGUCCCACAUCCCUUGAACCACCUGCGCAUCAGCAGAUUCAGCAGCGACCGAGCAGCCCAGCAGCAGAUGUGAUGCCACCGCUUGAGCUCAAUAGAGAACUGGAAGAAUGGAUUUGGCAGGAUAACAUGCAUUUUCUUCAGGACAAAAAUAUCUUCGAGCACACGUACUUUAGCUUCAUGUGGCAGAUUUGCAACUAUAUUCCGCAGACUCUCAUUGCCGCACAGCCGGAUGUUACGGAACUAUCAGCUGAGCUGUCGGCGUCGUUUUUCAUGGAAACGUUUAUACACGCCAAGGAGAAACCGACCAUGGUGCAGUGGGUCGAACUUUUGACAAAACAGUUCAAUAAUUCCCUGACGGCUUGUGCGGGUUUCCUAGAGAAAAUGGCUGCGGACUCGUGGUGGCCCGUCCAAAUUCUAGUCAAGUGUCCGAAUCAGAUGGUCAGGCAGAUGUUUCAGAGGUUGUGUAUUCAUGUUAUAUCGAGACUGCGACCAUCUCAGGCGCCGUUUUAUCUCGUAUGCGAAGCGGAUGACGAUCCCAGCACUGUCGGCAUGCAGUCCUGUGUGACACGCUUUGUUCGCAUGCUGCUCUCGUUGAUGGAACACGCCAAGCAGCAUUUGAAACAUCUCACCGAGUAUUUCGCCUUUCUUUACGAGUUCAGCAAGAUGGGCGAAGAGGAAACGAUGUUCCUUAUAAAAGCUCAAGCGAUUUCGACUAUGGUUAACUUCUAUCUUGGCCACAAAACGCACGAGUUUGUCGACGCCAUCAGCGAAGAAGAAGAAGAGGAAGAGGUUGUGGCUAUAUCCACUGAAAAGCUGAGGCCUGCAUCUUUGGAUAAGAUGAUCACCUUGAUUGCAACGCUGGUUGAGCGCAGCCGAGUUCCAGAUCACAGGUUAAACUUGUCAAGUUCGGAUUUUAAUGCGGUGGCCGGUGGCAAGGGCUUUCCAUUCCUCUACCAACAAAUCCGUGACAUGAUCAACCUCAAUCAGACGCGCAAUCUCAUUCAGUCGCUCUGUCGAUGGAAUGACAGACUCGCUAUCCACAUAGUAACCAUGAUAUUCCAGGCCAUCACCAAGCAUACGGAUGUUUGUCAGCCCUUCUUCAAGAUUCUUACUCUGUUAACCGAGGGCAGCAGCCCACCGGGACUGCCCUGCAUGACACAGUUGAUUCUCAGUCGCGUGUGGGAAGUAGCAAGGAUCGCGCCUCACGGUGCCCUAGAGUGGCUUGCUCUCGCCGUCACACGUAGCAAGCUCGCGCACGCAUGGGUUCUUCAAGGUAUGGAUACCUGGCUCCAGCACUUCCUUAUCGAGCACUCAAAUCAACGAGUUCGAUCAGCUGCCGCUUUCUUGCUGGUCUCGUUAGUACCCUCGGCGCACUUCCGACAGGGUUACAGAAGUGCGCACAGGCUGGGGCUUAGCUGUGCUACGGCAAGGGAACUGUCGCUCACCAACGAGGGGACCGUGGUUCUGCACCAGAUCUACACGGCUCUGCUAAGACUGCUACAACCGGCAAGGCAUUACACGGAUUUAAACACACAUGGAACUAUGAAACUCACUGCCUAUUUCGCAUUAAUGACGUAUUGCGUCGUCUCUACUACUGAGAAACUCAUGUUUGGACAAUAUCUAAAUGAUCUUUGGACGCUUUUCCAUCCAAAGCUUUCAGAACCAAGCAUUCCAGUACAUCAUAACAAACAAGCACUUUUGCUUUUCUGGUAUCACGUUAGCAAUGAUUGUCCUGAAAACGUUGCACUCAUUCUUCAAAAUCCGCACAUUACGAAAAACAUAGCAUUCAAUUAUAUUUUAGCUGAUCACGAAGACCAAGAUGUUGUUCUUUUCAAUCGUGUAAUGCUUCCUGCAUAUUAUGGCUUACUAAGACUUUGUUGUCAACAGUCGCAUACAUUUACAAGACAAUUAGCUGCGCAUCAAAAUAUACAAUGGGCUUUCAAAAAUAUAACUCCUCAUCCUACUCAAUAUUCAACUGCUGUGGAGGAACUGUUCAAAUUAAUGCAGCUCCUAGUUGCCCGGCAUCCGGACCAAACUGAACAAGAAGAGGCUGAAGUUGCAUCGUUCAGGAGAGGAACUUUGUCUUCCUAUCUACAAGGACUGGAUGGACGAUCGUGCUGGGCAACUCUCAUAUCGGCAUUUAGGAUUUUAAUCGAGUCCGACGACGAUCGCUUGUACGUCGUAUAUAACGGCGGUCUUUCGAUGGCUCUUGAAGCUUUCCACAUGUUGCACAUUAUGUACCACGAAGCCACGGCUUGUCACGUUGCUGGUGAUUUGGCCGAACUCAUAGCUAUCAUUGUCGAGCUAGUUCGUUGUGUACGAACAGCUCGCGAUGGACCCGACGCUCGCAACAUUCUCGCGAACUGCAAGGAGUGGCCGGAUGUGCUGCGUAAACUUGCCACUCUCCUAAAUACCUACAACCCCUCGGAUAUGCGCAAUCUAGCGAUAGACUUGCUUAAGGAGCUCGUGAUGCUUGUGCCGACCGACGCAAUUCUUAUUCUGGCGCCACUGCUUUCGCAUUGUCACGCAGCAUUACAAGAAUCGCACGCAACAGUACCUCCAGGUCCGUAUUUACCCAGGCGGGCUACGCCGGCCGGAAAAAUGCCGUCGAGGCCGGCGAGGCCUAUGGUACAAAUGGCUGUACCACAUUCACAACUCGAGGCAGCCAAAGGUACGGAUCUCGAGUAUGACAGUGCGCUGCUGGAAUUCUAUCUGCCUUAUCAUGAGCUUAUCGAUGUAAUGUGCAGACUAGCAAUCAACAACGAUUGCAUGACGGAGAUUCUUAUUAAUCUAAGCGCUAUGUUAGGUUUCGAAGGUGUUCCACUGCAUUUAGCUCUAUUUCCAAGACUGUGGCUAGAUGUGCACGCGGCAAGUCACAUCGACAGGAAACAUAUAGCCGCACUACUUCGCUGUUCGUAUACUGUGGAUUAUGUGGAUGCGGUUCUAUUGGACGAAAGGUCGUCGCUAGCUGUGCCAGCGAUUCACGCUUUUCUCAAGACCUUUUUCCCCAAGCUCGCUAGCCACGUACUUACCGAGCAGACAUGCUCGAUCAUCGACAGCCUCGUGAGCACGCUUACAUCCAUGGUUGAGGUUGUCGAUGUUCAGGAAUCCGCGCACAGAUUGACCGGUGAUCUGCGAGCCCUGGCUCUGGUCUACAGCAGUGGUGCCGAUGUCAAGCCACCACCUACGCUACACUCUGCACUCGAAACACUGUUGACGCGCACUAAAGCGGCGAGAGCCCGUCUCAAGGAAUCGAAACAACCUGAUGCAGAAGCUCCCACGAAGAAGCGCAAGUUCAACACAUCGGAUGAAAUUGAAGACGAAGAGGAUGACGAGGAUGACGAGGAAGAGGAAAGCACUUCGAGCCCUGGCAUGGAGGACCAGAAGGAGUCCAAUGAGUCACCGCAGUCAACUUCAGCGACAACGGCAAGCACGGUGGCAACUACAGCUAGCACGACAUCGAUGGCGACUUUAAGUACGCCUUCGGUGACGACUGCUACGGUAUCAGAUUCGCCAGCGACAACAAGCAUCAAGGAUAAAAGCAAGGAGCAGGAGGAGGCGCAGGCCGCCAAGCCCAGCGAGGCGGAAAAGACUGACCAAACCGAUGCCAAGUCGAGCUCGAGUCUGAUUACUGCAAGCAGCACUACAAGCAAUUGGAACAGUCAGUUAUGCAGGUCUAUGAACAACGUGUCAUGGUUGGACAUGCUCGAAAAGACUAUUGCGAAUCUACAGAUGAUCGUGCAGUUCCAGUCGAAAAAUUAAGACUUGGAUACAAGUGAAGGAUGAGCGGAAGUCGUGCGCAUGCUAUUUCGAAAGGCAUUUAAUAAACGACACAAGAUUUACUGCGAUUCUAUCGAUGAUAACAUGGAGACUUUCUUCUUGAUGAGGGACGUUAAAUCAUGUGUGGGUGGUGUUCGAUGCAAAGACCGAUUGGCUCGAACAAGACGAGCCUCGGUGCAUCCAUGUUCAUUAUCAGAGACAGACGAGUUUUACACGUGUGUAUGCGAACACAAACGCAUGCGUGUACAUAAAAAGAAAGGAAGAUAACAAAUACAUGUGUAUAGUUCACUACUUAGUUACUUGUCGAGUGUACUUUUAAUGCGUUACAUCUCGUAAUCAAAGAGUGAGAGCAGGAGAAGAGUGAACGACCGGUUGAAAAUGUAUGUUCGCGUGUACAUGUAAAAAAUAAUUCGUAAGAUAAAGCAAACAAAAAAAGCGUCUUUAAUCGAAUACAAAGAUUGAACAAAAUUAUGAGUCGAUCGGGAAGCUUUGUAGUUUUAGUUGAAGCGUGCAUUAUACAAUUUUCUACUAUCAGCCGUACUCAUACUUUUUUAUUUUACAUUUUUCUCCUAAUCUAAAUGUAUCGUAAACCAUUUUAUUAGUUACUUUUUUAAAUAAAGAUCUAUAAGAGUUUGUAAAAUUGAAAAGGUAAGUAUGUUGUUUCAGGUAAAAUUGCAGUCUUUUCGGUCGUCACUUAUCGAAUCACGUGCUUCUCUUUUUUUCAUAUUAUUGGUCAUAUCAUUCCGUCAAAGCAAAUGUGACUUGGGCCAUCAUCGUGUUACACAAAUCACAUGCGUCUGUGAUUGUUUUUAAUAUCAAAUAUAUGUUUGUACGAUGUAAAAAAAAUAAACUGUCGACACUGAUUGUUCGAUUGAUUGAAAUAUUUUUUUUCUAACAAAGGGUAGUAAACGAAGUAUUAAAUUGUCAGUUUUUUUAAAUUAGAAGUAUUAUUGGAAAUAUAUUUUUUAAAUAUCAUUUUACGCGUAAUUAUUUAUUAUUGUAAAUGUAAAUUCAAACAAAAAUUGUAGUAAUAAUGCGUACACUGCGCUUUUUUUACCGAAUUAUAGAUUACCAAUUUAAUUUAUUGUCAAUUUAAUUUAUAAUAUACUACUGUCUAAUGUAACUGAAUGCUGACUGAAAAUAGUGACAGCUUUACAAAGUUCAAAUAUAUACAUUGUUAUCCAGCACAAAUUUGACAAACACAAUACUUUUUAUUUUCUGCACUUUCCUAGGCCAUAAUUAAUGUUCAAGUAAUUAAAAAUUUAUGCAUUUCAAUGAAAUAUUCUGAUUUAGACUGUUAAUAUUCAUUGCUAUAUUAUGUAGGAAAUAAACGAUUUUAUAAAAA